AUGUCGUCAGGAAGCUGUUUACCAUGGAGGUCAGUGAUUCAAGACUGGAACCACCAUCAGUGCAGCUCUUUAGACUCAGCUAGUCCACCAUCCAACAUCAGUCAUCCAUCCAACAUAACUCCAUCAUCCAACAUCACUCCAUCAUCCAACAUCACUCUAUCAUCCAACAUCACUCCACCAUCCAACAUCACUCCAGCAUCCAACAUCACUCCACCAUCCAACAUCACUCCACCAUCCAACAUCACUCCAUCAUCCAACAUCACUCUAUCAUCCAACAUCACUCCACCAUCCGACAUCACUCCACCAUCCGACAUCACUCCACCAUCCGACAUCACUCCACCAUCCAACAUAACUCCACCAUCCAACAUCACUCCACCAUCCAACAUCACUCCACCAUCCAACAUCACUCCACCAUCUAACAUCACUCCACCAUCCAACAUCACUCCAGCAUCCAACAUCACUCCAGCAUCCAACAUCACUCCAUCAUCCAACAUCACUCCAGCAUCCAACAUCACUCCACCAUCCAACAUCACUCCACCAUCCAACAUCACUCCACCAUCCAACAUCACUCCAUCAUCCAACAUCAGUCCACCAUCCAACAUAACUCCAUCAUCCAACAUCAGUCCACCAUCCAACAUCACUCUAUCAUCCAACAUCACUCCACCAUCCAACAUCAUUCCAUCAUCCAACAUCACUCCACCAUCCAACAUCACUCCACCGUCCAACAUCACUCCACCGUUGAACAUAACUCCAUCAUCCAACAUCACUCCACCGUUGAACAUAACUCCAUCAUCCAACAUCAGUCCACCAUCCAACAUCAGUCCACCAUCCAACAUAACUCCAUCGUCCAACAUCACUCCACCGUCCAACAUCACUCCACCGUCCAACAUAACUCCAUCGUCCAACAUCACUCCACCAUCCAACAUCACUCCAUCAUCCAACAUCACUCCACCAUCCAACAUCACUCCACCAUCCAACAUCACUCCACCAUCCAACAUAACUCCACCAUCCAACAUAACUCCAGCAUCCAACAUAACUCCAGCAUCCAACAUCAGUCCAACAUCCAACAUCACUCUAUCAUCCAACAUCACUCCACCAUCCAACAUCACUCCAUCAUCCAACAUCACUCCACCAUCCAACAUCACUCCACCAUCCAACAUCACUAAACCGUCCAACAUCACUCCACCGUCCAACAUAACUCCAGUAUCCAACAUCACUCCACCAUCUUACAUCACUCCAUCAUCCAACAUCAGUCCUACAUCCAACAUAACUCCAUCAUCCAACAUCAGUCCACCAUCCAACAUCACUCCAUCAUCCAACAUCACUCCACCAUCCAACAUCACUCCAUCAUCCAACAUCACUCCACCAUCCAACAUCACUCCAGCAUCCAACAUCACUCCACCAUCCAACAUCACUCCAGCAUCCAACAUAACUCCAGCAUCCAACAUAACUCCAGCAUCCAACAUCAGUCCCCCAUCCAACAUAACUCCAGCAUCCAACAUUACUCUAUCAUCCAACAUCACUCCACCAUCCAACAUCACUCCAUCAUCCAACAUCACUCCACCAUCCAACAUCACUCCAUCAUCCAACAUCACUCCACCAUCCAACAUCACUCCAUCAUCCAACAUCACUCCACCAUCCAUUACUCCACGGUCCAACAUCACUCCACCGUCCAACAUCACUCCACCGUCCAACAUCACUCCACCGUCCAACAUCACUCCACCGUCCAACAUCACUAAACCGUCCAACAUCACUCCACCGUCCAACAUAACUCCAUCCACCAUCCAACAUCACUCUAUCAUCCAACAUCACUCCACCGUCCAACAUCACUCCAUCAUCCAACAUCACUCCACCAUCCAACAUCACUCCAGCAUCCAACAUCACUCCACCAUCCAACAUCACUCCAGCAUCCAACAUCACUCCAGCAUCCAACAUAACUCCAGCAUCCAACAUCAGUCCACCAUCCAACAUAACUCCAGCAUCCAACAUCACUCCACCAUCCAACAUCACUCCAUCAUCCAACAUCACUCCACCAUCCAACAUCACUCCAUCAUCCAACAUCACUCCACCAUCCAACAUCACUCCAUCAUCCAACAUCACUCCACCAUCCAACAUCACUCCACCAUCCGCAUUAACUCCACCAUCCAACAUCACUCCACGUCCAACAUCACUCCACCGUCCAACAUCACUCCACCAUCCAACAUCACUCCACCAUCCAACAUCACUCCAUCAUCCAACAUCACUCCACCAUCCAACAUCACUCCAUCAUCCAACAUCACUCCACCAUCCAACAUCACUCCACCAUCCGCAUUAACUCCACCAUCCAACAUCACUCCACCGUCCAACAUCACUCCACCGUCCAACAUCACUCCACCAUCCAACAUCACUCCACCAUCCAACAUCACUCCACCAUCCAACAUCGGUCCACCAUGGCUGAUGUUGCAGAUGUUAUUUCCUGUUCUCCUGGAGGAUCAGCUGAUUUACAGACUUUUUUCACAUUUCGAGGCUUCUUACCUGGUGGGUUUGGCCUCAACAUUUGUUGCAGAGCCGUUGUAA